AUGCACCUAUACGCGGGCCUGGUACCAGGUAGGGCCACCACGUUCAAUCCUACGCUUUACCAAGCAGGGAGGCCACUGGAGCUCCAAGUGCGCAAAAGCUACUCCCCCGACCUGCCGUCCCGCGUUACCGCCACCAUCAGCAAAGUGCUCUCCAUGACCAUGUCCGUUGUGCUGGAUGUCACCUUCCAGACCCGUCACGGCCUGCCUGUCCACCAUGUGCUCAAGCUCUACGACCGUCGAUUUGGCUCAUGCCUGCGAGAAGUUGACGGGGACAGGGUCGCGCCGCACACACAGGAAAACGAAGCAGCGUUCGAGGCCUUUGUCAGGCGGGGUAUGAUGCCUGGGUUCCUCCGCCAUCGACAUGAAAGAAACGACCCCGAGGAGAGCGUUCUCCCCGUCGGGGCUCGGGAGUUCCUCGACGAGCCUAAUCGUACCGAAGGUCUUGCCAAGUACGAGGCUGCGCUCUGGCAAGACUGUAGCGAGCACUUUGAAUGCGAGACCAAGGCCUAUCACCGACUUGCCAAGCUCCAGGGCACGGUAGUCCCACACCUCUAUGCCUAUGUAAGUCUUCUGUCGGCCACCAAGCCCGCGACUAUCAUACCACCGGAAGUAGCGCCCUACUUUGAAGUAAGAGGUAUCCUUCUGGAACGGAUCGACGGAUAUUGUCUGGACAAUCUAACGCUCGGUCCCCUACCAAAAAACCUAAGGACAUGGCAGCAUAUCAUCCAGUUGGCCGCCGAUGCAGCGUAUGAGAUCAACAAGCACGGCAUCAUUAUGGAAGACUGCACGCCGCGCAACGUGGUCGUAGACGGGAAGUCGCAGACACCGCGUAUCGUCGAUCUGGCACAAUGCAUGUUUCGGGACGAGAUGGUGAGCGAAUGGUACAAGUCGGGGUGGCACGAGGACGAGGAUUGGGAUCCGGAACUUGAGUAUUGGGAGCAAGUGAGUACUACGUGUAACCCAGGGGCGAUUGCGGCGGUUAUGGCGAAUCGGAUAUAUAGGAAGACGGGUGCGAAGCUGGAGUUCAGGUAUCCGGACUGGAGUGAGAUUUUUGCUAAGAUAAGGCGGAGAAGAGAGGAGGCAGCCGCAAGAGCACGGAAAACCCCUAGACGCCAGGGGCGUUGA